ACAUCACGUUGCAGAGUUUCUGAAAUUGCUCGUUUGUUUCUUCACCUUUCUCGUCCUUGGGGCUUUCUUCUUCCCUCCUUAAAUACAUACGAUUCACUCUUGUUAUCAUCGAAAACUUGUACUCCCGGCUUUCUUCUUCUUCUUCUCGCUCUCUUCUGAUUUUGCCUUUUCGUUUGUUAAAUGGCUAUGGCUAUGGCUAUGGAUCGGAUCGCUUGUUUAUCUCCUUCAUCCCAUUAUCAUCGUUCCACUCAUUCUCAUUCUCACGGAUCCAGAUCUUCCAGAGUUAUCAUGGCUUCCACUCUCCGUCCCGCCUCUACAGAGGUUGCGAAUGGGAGGAAACCGUAUAACCAUCCACAAAAUGCGCAUGCUCAAGUGAAGUAUUCGAUGCCGCCACAGAAGCUGGAGAUCUUCAAGUCAUUAGAAGGAUGGGCUGAUGAGAACUUGUUGGCUUACCUUAAACCGGUUGAGAAAUCGUGGCAGCCGACUGAUUUUCUCCCUGAAGCCGAGUCAGAAGGGUUCUAUGACCAAGUCAAGGAGCUAAGAGAACGGUGCAACGAGCUCUCUGAUGACUACUUUGUAGUGCUUAUUGGUGACAUGAUCACAGAGGAGGCUCUUCCGACUUACCAGACCAUGAUUAACACACUGGACGGUGUUAGGGAUGAGACGGGAGCGAGUCCUACUCCUUGGGCUGUGUGGACGAGGGCGUGGACUGCUGAAGAGAAUAGGCAUGGUGAUCUUCUUAACAAGUAUCUUUAUCUCUCUGGAAGAGUUGACAUGAGGCAGAUUGAAAAAACAAUUCAAUACCUGAUUGGCUCUGGAAUGGAUCCAAAAACUGAGAACAAUCCUUACCUGGGUUUCAUCUACACUUCUUUCCAAGAAAGAGCCACCUUCAUCUCCCAUGGAAACACUGCCGCGCUGGCAAAGAAGCUUGGGGACUCGAAGCUCGCGCAGAUAUGCGGCACCAUAGCUGCUGAUGAGAAGCGCCAUGAGACUGCUUACACCAAGAUUGUUGAAAAGCUCUUUGAGAUCGAUCCUGACACCACGAUCGUGGGAUUUGCUGACAUGAUGAAGAAAAAGAUAUCGAUGCCUGCUCAUUUGAUGUACGAUGGUCGUGAUGAUAAUCUAUUUGAGCACUUCUCGUCCGUGGCCCAGAGGCUUGGUGUCUACACUGCCAGGGACUAUGCUGAUAUUCUGGAGUUUCUUGUGAAACGGUGGAAUGUGAAGAACCUGGUAGGCCUUUCUGGUGAAGGACACAGGGCUCAGGACUAUCUUUGUGGAUUGCCUGCUAGGAUCCGCAAAAUUGAAGAGAGGGCUCAAGGGAGAGGCAAAGACGCUGCAAGAAACGUACCUUUCAGCUGGAUUUUCGGUCGAGAGAUCAGGGCUUAAAAGAAGUAGUAUGAUGCAAUCUCUUCCACAUUAUAAGCCCCGAGUAAGUGGUUAGAGCCAGAAGAAUGAUGUAUUCGAACAUGUGUAGAUAAAGUAUUGUGUUUAGCCUUGUCUGGAUCACCUUAAACGAAUUUGCUCUUAUUCUGGCUAUUUUAUUUAUUUAUUUCGGGUUCUCUAUUCGUUGUAUUGUGUAUCCAAAAUUCUCCAAUGUUUUGUCCCUCAGAUCGAAUAAUAUGUGAUGUAAACGUUUGCUUUGCAGCAUUGUGUUUUUUGUUCUUUCUACUUUCAAAUUUCUUUCCUUUGUGGUUGAGAGAGAAAGGACAUGAUGAUGAUGUGUAAAAGCCUCAACUUUCUUAAUAAAUGGCCGGUAUUUUAAUUGUUACUUUUAAAAAUGUUCAGCUUUUUGGAAUCAAA